AUGAAUCAUAUAAUACCUGAAGAUUACGCUAAUAGUACCUACAAUACGGACGCAAUUCAUUUAGAGUCAAUACAAUUGAUUAUAAAUGAAAAAAGUUCAUACGAUCUGAUUGUUGAUCUGGGCUUCGGUGACGGCAGAGUUACCCGAAAGUUGUCCGAAAACCUACUGCACAAACAUGUGGUGGCCAUCGAUGUCGUACCCGAAAUGCUAGCACACGCUGUGGCCAACAGUUCAGACGAUACCAGCAUUGAGUAUGUCUUACAGGAUAUGAGUGUCCCGUGGCUUGAGUUGAGUCCACGUAUCAGACAAUUGGAGUCCAAAGUGGAUCUACUGUUCAGUAAUGUUGUGCUAAACUAUAUGUCAAAUAAACGGCAAAUAAUGGAAAUCAUUGGACGGUUGUUGUCAAGCGAUGGACUGUUUUUUGCUAAUAUUGUUAUUUUUAAAGACUUGACUGAAAAUAAACAACUGUUGGACAGUAUGUUUGAUGAAAGACAACAACAACUGUUGUGUCAAUCAAUUGAUCGACAAUUUAAUGAUUGGAAACAAUCCAUAAUCGACAAUAAGUUUCAUAUAAAACAAUUUAAACUAAUGUCUGACAAUGAAAUAAUGACUCGCAAACAGAUAAUAGAUUUUAUGCCAGUAUUAGUUGAAUGCUAUGCUAUCUAUUAUAAAGAUCGCCACCAUUUUGACACUGAGGUCAAAGGUGACCGCUUUAGAGAUUUAUUGUUUAACACGUAUUUUAGUUGUCUAACAGUCGGCGAGUCGGUAACUGAGACCAACAACAACAACAACAACAACAACAACCAAUCAGUGAUGAUGUCGUGGAAACAAUUUUUAGCCGACAAUACUAUACAUGAAAUGCAACUUUCCUGGCAUUUCGUACGAGUCAUGGCUUACAAUCAAUAA